AUAAGUUCCAUAGCUAUGGGGAACGCAAGAAUCACGUGGGUUAUCGCAGCCUUGUUAUUUCAAACGGUAACAUCGGUGGAUGUCAAUCCUUUCCUAGUGGGUGGUACCCCCGCAGUCAUUGGAAACUUUCCCUCUCACGUUGGCAUUAAUAUCGGACCAUCGGCAUUCUGCGGAGGAACCAUUCUCAGCAACAAUCACAUUCUAACGUCAGGAAGUUGCGUCCUAGAUGCUCAGAAUAAUUUAAUUGCCGCCAAUCAGUUAAGCAUCCGAGCUGGAGUUAUCACCAUUGACGCAACCACACCAACCGUGCUAAUCGACCGUAUCUUCGUUCAUCCUCAUUACAAUCCAUUUACCUUUGAAAAUGACAUUGCCGUUAUACGAACUCUAACUCAAUUACAAUUCCCGGUUGUUGCUCAACCGCACAUUGCUCCAGCAGAGUUGGCGCUCCGAAUAAUCCCGGAAAAUAGCGUGUGUCAAGUAGCUGGAUGGAACUGGAUACAAGGUGUUCCCAGCAUAGCUCUACAGCAGCUACCCGUUACAAUCUACGGAAGAGCAGCUUGCAACGUCAUGUUCAAUGGAAUGAUCCGUGAUCCGAUGAUUUGCGCUACGACAGCCACCACGGCUCAAGCGCUGUGCGUACCGAAUCGUGGCGGAGGAUUAUAUUGUGACGGACGGCUGGCGGGUAUAGCAUCGUUUGGUUUCGGAUGCGCCGCAAAUGCUACGGCCACGGUUUUCACACAGGUUCGCUACUACGAUCAAUGGAUUCAGCAACAGUUCACCCGUUCCGAUAACCCACCUCCCGGUCCCACUCCAAUGCCGGGAAUUGGCAGGGGAUCCUCCAUGUUCAACCUGUCGAUGGUUGCCAUUUUGUUUGCGUCAUUAAUCAUUAUGCUAGUGCGAUAGAGCUGAACGGGCACAGGAGUGCCUAGAGCAAAUUAUCAA